UAUACUACCACAAUGCCACUGGCGCGCCUCUAAAUCCCUGUCUAGUUCCAUCUACUACGGCAUAGUCUAGACCUGCUAGAAUGAUCACUUUCCCGCGGCCGAAGGGCGCCGAGAGAAUUAACUUUUUGUCCCCCCAUAUCGGGUAUGCUAUCUUCAGGCAGAUGGUUCUACUCUUGAUUAUUCCCGUCUGCGUCUUACACGUUACCGUCUGUACUAUUUCGUUCGGAAUUUAGAGUUUACGACGGAGACGGAGCUCUCUUUGCCAGGCAAUCAGGAUUAUCUCCGGUGGAUUCCGUAGGUUACCGAAAGCGAUUUCAUAGCCAAGCCAAGUCAGGGGUUAUGGAUAAGUCAAGCACCCGGCACUGGCUGGAUCGCUACGGGAAGGGAUAUCACGCCUGGGUCAGGAAGGGAGACGAAUUCAUCAGACCAUGUGGCUUGUGUGAAUUCAAAUUCGACUGUGACGGCCGCUACUUCGGAGGCAGGGCCGAUGUCAACGGCCUCCUAAAGUUAAAUGUCUCGACCCGACUCUCGGGAGAACAACUCCGGCACCACGUCGUGCUUGCAUUCACGCUGUUGCGUCUGCGACAUUGCUUGCUCGCCGCUAGAACCGAGCUGCGUACCCUCGAGGUCGAGCCUUGGUUUCUGGUGGGAAUUCCCCGUACAUCGGAUGCGGCUAUACGGGACGCGGGCUCGGCCCUCCAGUUCCUAGACCCAGCCGUUGACGGAGUAUCAGACAUGGAUGAUUUCUAUGUCCACGCGCAGAAUGUAGCACGUAUCGUGAAGCCAAGCGAAGCCAUGGCUCGAGUAUUCGUGCUACCGAGGAAAGGGGAGGGUAAUAUACAAGCGCUACAAUUCCUGUUUGUGAUGGCUCAUCAAAUCACCGAUGGUUUGUCUUCUAUGAAUUGGAUGGCCGAUUUCGUACGCAUCCUUAACAUGCCCACGGAAGAACUCCGCCGGGAGAUCGAAAUGGCGAUUUCGCCCGAGUCGAUACGAGCAAAGUUACCUCCAGCCCAGGAAGACCUAUACGCUCCCGUGGCCGCAACCACGGCUCGGGAGAGAUGGUUCUGGGCGAUUACACUCAUACUGCGGCACGUGGAAAAGCCGAUGCCUGCAGCAUUCCCGAAUCCGCUGCACCGGGAUACCCGACUAUCUAAGCCACGUCCUUUCGCUCUCAAAUACCCCAAUGCUCUGGAUUACUCCCAGACCCCUCCCCUUAAUACUUUCUACGUCAGACUACAGCUCUCCCCAGCCGCAAGUAAACGCCUAUAUCGCUUAUGCAAGGAAGCGAAAGCCAGCAUCGGAGCCGGUGGCUUCGUGCUCGUAGGAAUGGCCAUGAUGGCGAUCCACGAAGAGCGAUUCCCUAACAAGCCGGACGCCGCACGGCGUCCCUUCGUCGGCAGCUUCCCUCUUAAUCCCCGCGUAUUCUUCGGCGCCAAGAAUAUCCUGGAGAGUGUGAUGCUGGCCUUUUCCAAGGGCAUCGUCCUGCCUUUUCUCCCAUCACACCUCGACGUAGAGGGUAGGUUUAGGCUCCUCGUUCGUCAGGCGAGUAGACAGCUUUCUGCAUACCAGAAAAGAGUCAAACUGCACAAUGACAACGAAGCCGUGUCGUAUAUGGGAAUCAAAGGCCCAGGUCGACUCCUCGCGACAAACUACAUCGAUGGCAUAGAGAGGUUGCGAGACACCUUGCCCCCUCGGCUGAAAGAUGCCCUACCACCGCCGCAGGGCGAAUAUGUAGUGCCGUCGUGGGCGGUCAGUAGAGCGACAUGUGGUGUCAGUAGUAUUGGCGCCAUCGACUGGUCCGCUUCAAAGCAUGACUUGGGCGCCGACCCUGGCGAGGAGAAUGUCGUAGCUAGCAUCGAGCGCUUCACCUCAGGCGUCCGUGUGCGUGAGACCGAAUUUCUCGUCGGCACCUGGAGCGAGGAUGGCAUCAUUGGCGCCGGUGUUAGCUUUGAUGGGAACUUCAUCGACGAGGACAGUGUGCAAUUGUGGGUUGAGAAGAUGAAGUCGAUAUUAGAUGUGUCAGAUGAUACGUCGAGCUUGAGAUCCCGUCUCUGAAGCUCCUAACGUAACUGUAUUUCUUCUAUUCGUGUGUAAAUAUACCCAAUUAUAAAUACGACUCUAUACAUUAUUAUCAUGCAAAGUUGCUAACAACACCCCGAUACCUUUUCAAGGACAAUAAGCCUCUUGUGGCUCACCUGAAGCCAGAUCUUCACCCAUCUUUCGAAGUCGAUCU